AUGCCUAACUCAAACUUUCUAGAUUCUAAUUGUAAUGAAUACGUGACUUAUAUGACUAUUCCUGGUAGUGAAAAUGGUCCUUAUGUUGGAAAAUUUUUACCAAAUUAUAACGUAACUUCUGAUACAGGGGACUCUCAGAUUCAUCUUACUAUAAUGAUCACAAAUUCUAGCUUUACAGUUACCAAUGAGGUCUCUUUCAUGGUGAUGUAUGCAUUUGAUAAAGAAAAUGAUAAUUUUGAUCCGUAUAGUGAAACCAUUGUUAAUACAACAAAUACAUUUGAUUUAUCACUUUUAGAUAAAAAUUUGUAUUAUUUAUCGCAACCAAAAAAUGAUUUAAAUGUAUAUGUUUGGUCAUUUACUAGAAACAUUAGAUAUGUUUUAAUUCCGGAUAUUUUAAGCUACUUUGGUAGACAAAUUUAUGUUAGCCAUCCUUAUCUUGAAUCAACUAUAGAAAUUGUUCCGCUCGCGACCGCUAAUACUUCAGUAAAUCCUUUUGCGGAAUUGCAAUUUUACUCCGAUCUCCGUUCUAUUACAAGGGAAGAAACGGAACAAAGUGCUAUAACAGCAUUUUAUAUAUUUUUAUUCGGACUUGGUUUAAUCUCUCCAUGGGGUAUUGUACAAAAAUCAAACUUGUUCAAAAAUCAAUAUAAAAAAAAAUUAUUACCAUUUUCAAUGGAUUCACAACUUGAACUUGAAAUUAAAGAGUAUGAAAAUGAUUCAUUGCUAAAACGACUCGAUAAUUUGGAGAAAAGAGCUGAACGUUUGGAAAAAUCUAAUCAAUUCUAUAAAGAAUGCAUUAUCGAUACUUCAAUAUUAAAUUCUUUUGAAAUUGAUACUUUUACUAACAAUAAUAGUAGUAGCUCUCUUAUGCAGAAUAACAACGGAAAUAAUAGUAAUAAAUAG